CAGUCUCUCUGCCUCGCUCUGUAAUACAUCUGCACCGCAUCACACGUUUUCUUGCGGAAAUGAAAUAAAGUGAAGUUUUGAAUGAGGUCCAGCGCUUUUCUAUUACCCCGCCCUCGCUGCGCUCUGAUUGGCUGUUGGUUUCACUGUUCUGGUUUCUGAUUGGUGGACUGAGUCGCUUGCUGUCGCCCCUGCACGUUUUCUCGGCGUGUCCUCCAUCCGAGUGAGGAGAAAGCCACCGACGAGCAGGACCCGUUUCUCAUCUGAUUCUGGAGAGCAGGACUUGUUUUGGCACGCUGGCGCUCAGUAGCAGCCUCUGAAGUGUAGGGGGAAAAAGGGGAAGUAGACCUGUAGACCUAAAGGUUUUUCUAUUCUUGCUGAAAGAAGUCCAGAAAGGGCUAACAUGGAGACAGUCACAGACCGAGUGCUAGAAGUGUACAAUAAAGUUCUGGAAUGGAGAGACCCACGGCUACAGGGCUACCCGUUGAUGGGCAGUCCACUGACCAUGUCUGCUAUUCUGCUCGGCUACCUCUUCUUCGUACUCUAUGCAGGACCUCGGAUAAUGGCCAACCGUAAACCCUUCCAACUGAAAGGGCCGAUGAUUUUCUACAACUUUUCCCUGGUUUUUCUGUCUAUCUUCAUUGUGUAUGAGUUCUUGAUGUCCGGGUGGCUCACAGGCUAUACGUGGAGAUGUGAUCCUGUUGAUUUCUCUGACAGUCCUCAGGCAUUGAGGAUGGUCAGGGUUGCCUGGUUGUUCCUUUUCUCAAAGUUCAUUGAACUUAUGGAUACAGUCUUCUUCGUGCUGCGUAAAAAACACAGUCAGAUUACAUUCCUGCACAUCUUCCACCAUUCUUUCAUGCCCUGGACCUGGUGGUGGGGGAUCAGCUUUGUCCCCGGUGGAAUGGGAUCCUUCCAUGCCAUGGUAAACUCUGCCGUCCAUGUUAUCAUGUACUUCUACUAUGGCCUGUCUGCUGCUGGACCUCAGUUCCAGAAGUACCUCUGGUGGAAGAAAUAUAUGACAGCCAUCCAGCUGACUCAGUUCGUGCUGGUUUCCAUUCAUGCUACACAGUAUUACUUCUUGAAGAGCUGUGAUUAUCAGAUGCCCAUCAUCCUCCACCUCAUUUGGAUGUACGGCACUUUCUUCUUCAUCCUCUUUUCCAAUUUCUGGUACCAGGCCUACGUAAAGGGCAAGAGGCUUCCCAAGAAUGCUGAGCAGCAGAGUCUGAAUGGCAAGGCCAACGGUGCCCUGUCCAAUGGUGCUGUUUCCAACGGUGCUUCUCUAGUUUCUAAUGGCAAUGGUGUCCAUCAUGAAAAUGGUUUGACCAAUGGUAGGAAGCACCAUGAGAACGGAACCACCCACAGUGGGAAGAUGAAGAAAGCCUAGAUAGGCACGAGAUAAGCAUCCAAAACGCAUGACCACGAGUGCCUGCACAAAACGCCAUGGAUUCCAAAGAGUGUUUUGGGACUGUUUUUCUCACCAUGUAUUAUUAUUAUAAUAAUUAUUAUUAUUAUUGUUUGUUUUUCCCCUUUAUUUUGUAGUUUUAAUAAUGCACAAAUACACGGGGAGAUGAAUGAGUCUGGGAUCCCUGUUUGUGUUUUUGUUCUGUUCUUGAUUUUAAUUGUUAAUCUAAGGAAAAUAAUUAAUGAGCACGAUGUAUGAAGAGAAGAGCAGUGAUGUUAACUGGUUUUUCUUCACUGAUAUUUCUCACUGUGUCACGAGCAGAGUGAAUGCACUCCCUACUCCCAUCCUCACUCAGACUCCCCGUGACAAACAGCACUGUACAGUUCUUGUAAGCUCCAACUGUAAAUACUGUAGGUUUACUGUCAAGAAAACUAAUGGAAUUGAUACUUUAGGGUUCUAAAUUUUUGUUACUCAAGUGUAUUGACUUGAACUUCAAAUAAAUACCAUUGUAAAAUGGGACAAUAUGAA